AGGGGAGAGGUGACUCAGGGGAGAGGUGACUCAGGAGAGAGGAGACUCAGGGGAGAGGUGACUCAGGGGAGAGGUGACUCAGGGGAGGGAGACUCAGGGGAGGGGAGACUCAGGGGAGGGGAGACUCAGGAGAGGGGAGACUCAGGGGAGGGAGACUCAGGGGAGGGAGACUCAGGGAGGGGAAACUCAGGGGAGAGGACUCAGGGGAGAGGAAACUCAGGAGAGGGAAGACUCAGGGGAGAGGAGACUCCUGGGAAGACCAGAUAUAGUGAAUGCAGGGUCCUGGGAGACCACAUAUAGUGAAUGCAGGGUCCGGGGAGACCGGAUAUAGUGAAUGCAGGGGUCCGGGGAGACCGGAUAUAGUGAAUGCAGGGUCCGGGGAGACCAGAUGUAGUGAAUGCGGGGUCCGG